AUGGAAUCAACUCAACUUCAAAAGCUGGAAACAAAAGUGAUUAUGAAGGCUUCUGCUGAGCAGUUCUAUGAUAUUCUCUGCAACAAAACACACCAAAUUCCCAGCAUUUUCCCUGAUAACUUACUGUCUGUUCAAAUUCACAAAGGUCAAUGGGGUACUGAGGGAUCUAUCAUAUCCUGGAAUUAUUUGCAUGAGGGGAAAGUUACUGAGGUUAAGGAGAUGCUUGAAGACAUAGACAAGGAAAACAACAAAAUAAGCUUCAAGGUUAUGGAGGGAGAACUGCUGAAACAUUACAAGAGCUUCAAGAUUAUAAUACAAGCUACUCCAAAGGAAAAUGGAAGCAUUGUGCAUUGUGUCUUCCAAUAUCAGAAACAGAAACAUGACAUUCCAGAUCCUCAUGCCAUAUUGCAGAUCACAGUUGAGAUGAGCAAAAAAAUCAAUGAAUACCUUACUCACCACCACAACUAA